UAUAUAUAUAUAUAUAUAUAUAUAUAUAUAUAUUUUUUUUAUAUAUAUAUAUAUAUAUAUAUAUAUAGAUAUAUAUAUAUAUAUACACAGACACACACACACACACACACACACACACACACACAGACACACACACAAUCCAAAUGCACAUGUUCCUGCAUUAAAAAUGACUGUGUGUAUAAGUGGGUGCUGCAGCGACUGUCGGCUGGAACCGAACAGAAUCAGCAAGGGAAAAUGUCACCAGCACACCGAGGAUCACCAAUA